GAUGCCAUGUCACCAAGGAUGGUCGGCUGUUGACGUGUUCAAAGGCAAGGAAGGUUCGGCAUGUGAAGGCGAUAAUGAUCGAGAACGAGCUACAGGCGAUGACGUCGUGUUAGGGUACUUUCUGUUUCAGCACCGCGAAAUCGACAGUGCUUGGGAUCAUAUCAUGGAUGUCGAUGUUGAUAGUUGUCAAGGGGUGGCCGACAUCAGCAGCAGAACCGAAAGGAUGUGGAAAAGUUCUCCGAAAAUGAAAUAACC